GGUUUGCCAUGGGACUAUAACAGCUCACAUGAUCACAAUUUAAAAGGGACAAGGACGGGGGGAGGACACAGGCACACAGCAGCGGAACCAGAGCAACAGACAUAAUGAAGCUGCAGACUUCCCUUCUCUUGGUUUGUCUAUUUAGGACAAGCUUCGCUCUUCCAUUGCAGAUUGGAAUUAUUGCAAGCAACAGCAAUGAGAUUUUCCGACUGGAUGGACUAACUCUUGCAACUCUUGGACAAACUCAGGCGUCAUCAAUGUUGCCCCAGUAUGUGUUUCAGCAGCAGCAGCCGGAGGUGCUGCUCACUCCACAGAUGGUGAACAUGAACCCUCAAGGGAACAAUCCCUUUGGCCCCCAGGGGCCCCAGCUGUAUCUCCCCGCCCAGGGCAACCGUUUAAUGCCUAUGGUCGUACCGAAUGGCCAGCCGGAGCAGCUCGGACCACCGCAGGACCCCAACUCUCCCAACGUUCCUCAGCAGGCCCAAAACCCUUUUCAGGGCUUCCCAUAUUUCCAGUACCCGUCUUACGGAUUUCCCCAGUUGACCAGACAACAGGGCUUUCCAUACUUUUAUCCUCCUUAUGGCUAUCCGCAGCAGAGAAACAAUGUGGUGCUGCAGCCCAACAACGGUCAGCUGGAGAGAAGCACACAGAGACCACAGCUCCCUCUGCAGCAGGCUUCUCAACCUAAGGUGCAAACUGAACAAACAUGGCCACUGGGGACACAGAAAGAAGCCACCACGCUUCCUCCCGAUCCUCGUGGCGACACAUCUGGCCCGGGUGUCGAUGAGGGUCAGUCCAACUUCCCAUUCCUCUUCGAGCCUUAAAUGUCACUUGGGAAAUAUCAAGAAGCUGAUCAGAAAAUGAUUUUCUGUGUAUUUGGUCGAAUAAACUAUUCGGGAGUGUAGCAUUCUUCAAAAUGCAAUAUGGACUCGAUUGUAUUUACAUUAUUCUCCAUUCUGUGCUCUUACAACGUGUCAAAUAAAGAACUUUCUCAAAGGGA